GUAGCACACCAAAUAUGCAUUUGUGUGAGUUGAUGCUUGACUUUGGUCUGGUCUUUACAUUUUGGAUGUAUAACCUUAAGAUACACAAGUAUAAGUUAAAAAAAACAUUAAGACAAACUACCGUAAUGGUCUAGAGGUGACAGUAAUGAGCGUUUUUCCGGAGAAUGCGUUCACUGACACUUUUCUUCCUGUGUAUUCCAUUAAUCUUCUGCUGCGUAUAAUAAUAUUUUCCUAAGGCGUCGCGCAAGUGCUAUCUGAAUCUCAUCUACCGUGUCUUCAGUGUAUUGUUAAUGAUUAUCCUCCUGCAUUGCCAUUCGACCUCCCGAUGUUCCAGCAAGUCGUCAACAGCCUAUGGUACAAUGUAAUCGGAACUAAGACGUCGCUACCAACAGAAUACUUUUCUUUCUGCGGCGUGGGGAGUAUUUCACUUGGUGAGAAUGUGCUGGUAAACAUUUGCAUUCAGAAGAUGAAGAAUAUUUCGUUGCUUGGCCAGGAGUUUUUUAGUGAACAGAAGAAAUAUCGCAGCUCAAUUGUGCGGGUUACGUUUUUUUUUGGUAGGAUAGUUGACGACAUCUCUAAAUUCCCUGGUCAGAUUGAGUACAUAUUUACUUGUCAUCAAGAUUGGUAGAAUCAAAAGUGUCAACGUUUGGUUUUUUAAAAAGAUUUGCGACAUGCCAUUCUGUCAGAAUUAAGCCGUUAGUUGAGUAAGGUCUGAAUUUGUGGGUGAGUGGGUUUAUUAAGAAGAGUAUUGCGUGC